GGUUCAGGUUUUAGGGAGAAAGCCUGAAUUGUGUCCCCAUUUUCCUGAGAGGCCCCCUCAUGCCUUGGCUGCAGGAGGCAGUCACGUGUGGGCCCUUUAUUAGACGCUGCCAUAUAAGCUCAGGGUACAAGUGGCCAGGAACUCUCUAGGCAAGGAUCAGCAAGCAAAGGCCAUGCUGACUGUCACGCUGCUGACUUGUGUCCUGCUGCUGGUCCUGCCUCCUACGCUAGGGGUCCAGAUGGCCAUGGCACCACUGGAAGGCAUCAGAAGGCCUGACCAGGCCUUGUUCCCAGAGUUCCCAAGACUAAGUCUGAAUGGCAUGAAGAAGAAAACUGCAGACGGAGCAGAAGAAGCUCUGCUGCAGAAGGCAGAAGCUUUGGCAGAGGUGCUAGAUCCCCAGAACCGCGAGUCUCGUUCUCCGCGUCGCUGUGUAAGGCUGCACGAGUCCUGCCUGGGGCAGCAGGUACCUUGCUGCGACCCGUGCGCCACGUGCUACUGCCGCUUCUUCAAUGCCUUUUGCUACUGCCGCAAGCUGGGUACUGCCACAAACCUCUGCAGCCGCACCUAGCCUACGGAUGUUGGGCAAAGGCAGGGGACGCGAAUAAAGGAUGG